GUAUGUAGAUCGAAAGAAAGAUCUACCAUCAUCUUCAUCAUUAUCAACUUCACAAUCGACAAGACAAAGACUUUCUGAGACAGAGAGAAAAUAGAUCUAUGUAGAAAAGAGGAGGGAGAAAGGCGAGAAAAGCUCGGAACCUUCCUCAUCCCCUAGAUAUGGAGAUUUGGCUUUGGAAAAGUUAGAGAGAAUAGAGAGAGACGAAGAGACAUAGACUUUUUGAGAAGAUGAACUUCUUUAAUUGAGAAAAAAUAUUUGACUCACAAUGGUAAUUAUAGAAUAAAACGACAAAUAUGUGAAGAACUUGUUAAUCUUUUCCAUAAUUCCGAAUGGAAGACCCAGUAUGCAAGACAAUGCCAGAGCUCGUCGCCUCCUUCGUUGACACAUUCGUCGAUUUCUCUGUCGGUGGCAUCUUCUUGCCCCCUUCAAACCCCAACCUUACCCCUAAUUCGGCUUCCCAAGUUAGCUUUCCCACUGAUCCUUCGCCUGCACCCCAACCGUUGCAGACCCGCUACCCAGCCCCGGACCGUCUGAUCGCUAUCGGCGAUCUGCACGGUGAUUUAGAGAAAUCCAAGCAGGCAUUUCGCCUUGCCGGAUUGAUUGACGGGUCUGAUCGAUGGACUGGUGGGUCAGCAGCAGUGGUCCAGGUCGGCGAUGUGUUCGAUCGUGGCGGCGAGGAGCUCAAGAUCCUUUAUUUCCUCGAGAAAUUGAAGCGGGAGGCUGUGAGGAGUGGAGGUUAUUUGAUAACGAUUAACGGGAACCAUGAGAUCAGGAAUGUGGAGGGUAACUUUGGGUAUGCGACGAAGGCGGGGUUGGAGGAAUUUAGAGCUUGGGGGUUUUGGUUUCUUGCGGGGAACCAAAUCAAGGAUUUAUGCAGGGGUUUGGAGAAGCAGAAGGAUCCAUUUCAAGGGAUUCCUUCGGUUAUCCCUGGUGUCAAGGAAGAGUAUCAGCAUGGUUUCAGGGCAAGGAUAGCUGCACUGAGGCCGGAUGGGCCUAUUGCGAGACGGUUUUUGUCCAAGAAUUUGACUGUUGCGGUUGUUGGGGAUUCUGUUUUCGUACAUGGAGGAGUCUUAGCCGAUCAUGUCAAUUAUGGGUUGGAGAGGAUCAAUGAGGAGGUGAGUAAUUGGCUAAAUGGGUUGAUGGGAAAAUCGGAUCCUGCGCAUUGCAAGGGGAGGAAUGCAGUGAUUCGGUCUCGGAAGUUCUCUGAUGACUCCAAGACAAGCUGUGAUUGUUCUGCACUUGAACAUGUUCUGGCUACCAUCCCAGGUGCUAAGAGGAUGAUCAUGGGCCACACAAUUCAGAAAUUUGGGAUCAAUGGUGUUUGUGAUAAUAGGGCAAUUAGAAUCGAUGUUGGUAUGUCAAAGGGGUGCACCAAUGGCUUGCCUGAAGUUUUGGAGAUUAAUGGGAAUUCAGAGCUGCAAGUGCUAACUUCCAAUCCUCUGUAUCAGAACAAGUCUAAAUCAUAUCUGGGUGCUGAUAGGAAGCAAGGGUCUAACACAUAUCUGGGUGCUGAUAGGAAGCAAGAGCCGGGGGUUUUGCUUCCGGAACACAAGGAAGUGGCUGUGGAGGCUUAAGGAGUUGGCCAGGCAAUUGUUCAUAUAUUCAAGUGUGUUUGGCUGCAAUUCUCAUCUAUUCUGCCUAACUUGCAAUUUUCAGGAAGCUUUCACUCCUUGUCAUCUGCUCAAUUAUUUGUUCUUCCUUCAAGAUUUUUGAGUUCUUGUGACAUAAAGCAGAAGAUACAUUUAGAGGGCAACAUAUGUACUGUAUUAAUUUAGCACGAUUGAAAGCUUUUAUGAUGUUAUCAUGAAAAGGGCUAUAAAGCUUGUAGAAAAUACUUUCCUUCAUCAUUUCAGUA